AUGGCUGAAGAAGAUAUUCGUGCACGUAUUCAAAAUGGUGGACUUAUUCCUUUGUCAAUAAGUCCCCUUCAGCAGGUUCUCGAAGAUAUCUUAGACUUAAUCGGAAAACAUGAAAAAAGUAUUAAUUCUCUUACUGAAGCUUUGCCUACUAAAACUGAUAAAGUAGAUCUCGAUGCAUUACGUGAAAUUGUUGAAAAUAACAAAGCUGAUGCUGAUUCUAAGUUCGACGAAUUACAAAAAUUACUUAAUGAAAAAUCCGACGCGUUACAGAAGCAAAUUGAAGAAAACGACGCAAAAGUUCAGGAUUGCUUAAAGGAUCAUGCUGACAAAAUUGAAAUGAAUCAAGCACAAAUCGAAAAAAUGUCUCAUGACCUUAAAGAUCUUGAAGAUAAGCUUAAUCAAGAAAUGGAAAACGUUAAUGGCAAGGUAGAGAAAAUGGAUGGAACAAUUAAAGAUCACGAAAAUCGCAUAACAGAACUCGAAAACAGAAAAUUCCCAGAAAAUACAGCAAAUUCGAUUUCAAAUGCUGAAGAAAAUAAAUCUGACAAUGCAAAAGAUAAAGAAUUGAGCCAAAAUGCUUCAUCUGACAACAAUAAAUCAGAAUCUCAAAAUCCACAAUCAUCUCUAAGCCAAGGAAAUUCAUCAACAUCAAAUACAUUCGAUCCUAGUAUCUACAAUGAGCUUAAACAGCUUAUUCUUAACAAUUCUGACAAAAUUCAGAAUAAUAGUGACAGAAUUCGCGCGUUGGAGAAUGCCCAAUUAUCAGCAUUGACAUCUAAUGCUACUCCAUCGAAUUCUUCAUCAGAUAACAACUCUGCUUCUUCAGUAGCACAAAAUGCAAAUUCGAACGAUCAAAAUCUAAACAACGCACUCGGAUUACUCGGAAGAAGACUCAAUACAGCGGAAGAAGCCAUUUCCGACCUUCAAAAAGCACUUCGCGACUUACAAAACAACCAAAAGCAUCAAAAUGCAGGAAAUAGUGGAUCAGGAGGUGCUGUUCUUACUAGAAAUUAUCCUUCUGCAUCAAAUUCGAAUGAAAAUGGCUCAAAUUCGAAUAAUUCCAAUAAUGGAAAUUCAAAUCUUUCCAAUAACGCUCAGAAUAACCAAAACGGAUUAAAUUCUGGUUCGAACAAUCAGAAUUCUUCAGGUUUGGCCUCAGGAAAUUCAGAAAAAUCAAAUUCUGAUUCAUCCAACCAUUCUAACGCUCCAGGAGUUGUUGCACCACCAUCAGGAGCAUCAGGAGUAUCUCAGAGCAGAACAGAAACAGCUCCAAGACCUAAUUCUCGCGGAAAUAAUAUGAAAUCUGGAGUAACCAUUGAAUCAUCUAAAAAUUCAUCAUCUAUUGAUAAUGGAGCAUCUAAAUCAUCACCUGGUAACAGCAAUAGUUCUAAUAAUGGUUCUUUGCAAAAAUCCAACGAACAAAACAGCCAAAACAACGGAAAUUCUGAAGAUCACGAGGUCAGACCACCUUCCUCUACUCAGAAGACAUCACCUCGCCAGUCAAAUCUUCAACCUCUUCCAGAUUUAGUUUCAUCAGAUCCAAAUGAAGCUCUUUCUCAACUCAGCCAGCGUUUGGCUGCUCUGGAACAGCAGCUUUCCGAUCAGAACGCUUCAACAGAUGAAGAACUUAAGAAGAUAAACAGAGAUUUAAACGAUAGACCUAAUCGCGCCCUUAUUGAACGACUUUUCGAGAAAUUCAAGUCAAGUAUCGGCAAUGUCAUCCAAAUGGUCCAAGCCAAAGAAGGAAACGAUGGAAAAUUCGCAACAGUUGAUGAUGUGAAGAGAUUAGAAAACUUAAUUAAGCAUAUGACGCAAGAAUUCGAUGAAGCAGCUGCAGCUAGGAAGUGCACUAAAUGUCUUUCUUGCGGAAUGGGCUACAGAACUGUUACAGGUUCAAUUCAAGAUUCCGAAACCGCCCAAAUUCUCGGAGCAGCGCCAGUUUCUAUGGUCACUCAAUCUCCUGGCAAACCAGCCUUUGUUUAUGGCACGGAUAAUGAACUUUACUACUCAAUGAAUGGAACUGGUCGAACAUUUGCUUCUCCAAGGAGAGAAUUGCAGUCUUCGAAGUAA